AUGUUUGCUCUCUUCUACAUUUUCGCCAAUUUUCUCGUUUUCUUCCCUCCACCACUCACCCAUGCUGUUGUUCAACCCAUGGCCAGUGACGUGCCCUAUGGGCACUCAUUGGCCGAUUAUCGAAUGAUGCGAAAAUGUUAUCCGGACCAGAACAAGACGUGCACACGAAUUCCGCUUGGCACCGUCACGAAAGAUAGACUUGCUUAUCCCCGGUUCACUUGCAAUUCGGAAGCAUUGAUCAACUACGAAGAUGCGAACUACAUCUAUCCGGUACUGACCGCGAAUUUCUUUUCGUACAAUCGGAGUCUUCGUAUCGAUCAAGGGACAUGUAUCGAGAUUUGGUCGCCCAGCAAGAACAAAUAUGGACUCCAUUACAAUGACAUAUGGGAAUCGCUGGAUCGCUGCGUCGUUCAGCACAAAUGGGGAUGCGCGGAGUGUCCGAUAGGGCAUGGUGUCGUGUUUCGCGGAAAUCCCAAUCAAAACGAGGGGAUCCGACGCUGCCAAAAACUUGGAAAAAUGCACAUCAACAACGUCUACCUCAAAACGCGAGACGAACUCAAAGAGCUGUCGCGUGCAUCGGUGAGAAAAUGCGAAGAUGGUUGGUAUCAAGUCAAUCUAACCAGCGGCUGCACUGCGAGAUGUCCGCCAAAUUGCCGGCUAUGUCGCGAUAAAAAUUACUGCGAUCAGUGCAUGUCCGGCUAUCAAGCGUCACCCCGGAACAAGCAUUGCUUCAAGCUCGAUGAGCCGUGUCCGCGUGGCUUCUAUCGAACGGUGGGCGAAUGCAUGUUAUGCUCGGAAAAAGUGCCGAAUUGUACAACAUGUGAUGAGGAAACGGGAACAUGCACGGAAUGCGCACGAGGUCUUGUUUUGACGCAUCAACGCUUUCGAGAGAUAUGCCAGGAUUUUUGUCCAAGAGGAACGUACACUGAUUUGGAAACGGGCAAUUGCAUGAAGUGUCCACCGUACUGUACACACUGUUUGAAUGAUACCGUUUGUUUGGAAUGUGCCGAGGGUUUGUUCUCCUUACAAGACACACAAACCAACAGCUUUCACUGUUACACCGAAUGUCCAUUUGGCUACUGGUCGACGAGUACAUUUCCAUUUCGAUGUCUGAAGUGUCACCCGAACUGUUGGGGAUGUCAUAACGGUCCAACUCACCGGCAUUGCCUUGAUUGUCGAUACUAUGGAGUAGUUGGACGUAGAAGUCGCAUUCCAAAAUGCACAUCGAAACGACCAAUGCCGGACGAGGUGAACCCGGAGAUUUUUCCAGCAAAGUCGACAAAUUGGACAGAGAACAUGGCGCUUGCAUUUUGGAUGAUCGCGACGCCUUACGCUGAAACGGGAAGCCAGGCGAGCCUAUGCCCUAAGCAUCAAUGCUCCGUGAAACAAAGUCGAAUCUUUUCAAACUUCUUCAAGACUUACCAAGAAGCCGACGAAUAUUUUAACAGCUUAAACACAUCACUCGCGGAACGCUAUGGUCCGGUUUGCGACGGGAAUGAUUGCUUCGAGAAUUGCGAAUUCGAGGGACGGCUUGACAAGACCGACUACAGAAACUCGACGCAUUGUGUUAACGAAAUGACUUGCCUAUCGACGCUCCCAAAUUUUGAUCCAUGUUCCAAAUGCAAGCCGGGCUUUAUAAAAGACCCCUUCUCGAAGAAAUGUAUUGACGAAUGCCCGCAUGGUACAUUAUUUGAUCGCACACGCAAGAAGUGCUUCAUGGUGCCAAAUCCGACAAAAUGCAGGGCUGGAGAAUGGAGUUUGAUUCAAUAUGCGGGCGAUAGGAUAAGUGUACAAAGGAAUAUCACCCAGCUCAUUCAACAACCGUACAAUUUCACCUAUGCACAAUACUUGGCUGAUAUUACGAAUACUCUGAUGCGUGUAACUUGUUUGGAUAAGGUUGUUUCGAAAGAUAAAUGCAAUGAGGAGUGGGUUGAAUUUUUGUAUCAAUUUGAGCUUUACGACGGAUCGUGUCAAAUGUGUCAUUCGGAAUGCAUUGGAUGCGUGGGCUUCGGGAACACAAAUUGCCUCCGAUGUCGUACCGCGUACCAUCCAAACGGGUAUUGCAUUGCCAAAUGCCCACCCGGCUACAGCAUCACCGAGGAUAAAGUUGGCCGAAGAAUUUGCAACUUUAUGCGUCCCACAUCGAUUGAGGAGUUUACCAGCAAGCAUCACGAUGUGCUCACGUUUCGAUCUGAGUACUUAGCACCGUGGUGGCUGCAUGUCGCGACUGUUUUGCCGCUUGCUGUGAUACUUUUACUCAUCCAGGCGAUUUCUCUCAUUUUCACUUGCUUCGAGCCUCCCCGUCCCCGUUUUGACAGUGAAAUUCUUAGCUGGAGACAUGAAAAAAAAGCCAGAUUGGAUGAAAUGCGAGAAUUUGAGGAAAUUUGGACAGCAAACAAAAAUGCUCAUGCAGCGAUGAACAAAUCGGCGAGAAUAGCAGUCGCUCAGGGAGGAGCUCCAGCAACAAGUCAACCACAAUCACAACAACAGCACAGCACCAAGGAGACAACCGUUCAGCACGUCUUUCCGUCAAUCAAAGCAAUAUCGAGAGGAUCGGCUGAACGUAUUGAGAUGUCGGUGAGGAGAAGAAAUCCGCCCUCUGGAAAGCACAUGUUUGUUCUGCAUCGACCACAUCAGGUGAAGAAACGUCUCGCUGGCUCAAAUUUAUCCCGAAAGGUUCCACCUAUAAAGAGCAAGAGUAAGGUUAGAAGUGUCGAUAAAACGCAAGCGAAUGAGUUGUUCGAGCAGUUGCCACCGUUGACGGGAUCCCAGAAGAAAAUGAACAGUGUACGCGAGGUUCUCUUCACGCCACCAAUGCAUAGCUUUGAAAAACCACAACCACAGUCUCCUCGUGCCUCCGCUGAGGGAAAAGUUAGGCUAGUACGGUCGGCCGAAGUUACGCAAAAUAAAGGACAAGUUCAGUCACUCAAAAGCGGUCGUCGAGCCUUACAACAACCGAUGAGUGGAGGAAUUAAAUCAGGA